AUGCGUUUCACCACGCUCAGUGGCUUGUUAGCUGCUUCGACACUCGCUGCCGCGCAAUCGCCUAGUCUCAGCGCCUACACCAAUGCAGAGAUUCGCAACGGCCAUGCCUUCCAAAACAUCUCCGCCAUUGCGUCCGAGGCGAUGCAGUCUAAUAUCCAAUCCCGAGCAAAGUCCCAGUGUACCUGGAACAACGCCGACGUGCGAAGAGAAUGGCGCACUUUGCCAGCGGCCACGAGGAAGUCGUUUACGGACGCUGUGAUUUGCUUGCAGAAAUUGGAGCCGCAGGUCAUGACUGCAGAUCUAGCAGCCUCACACCCUGGAGUGAAGAGCCGUUUCGAUGAGUAUAUCGCCACUCACAUCAACUACACUCUCCACAUUCAUGACACUGCCGAUUUCUUUGCCUGGCACAGAGGAUUCACGCAUUUCCUGGAGCAAGAUCUGAGGGACCUCUGUGCCUACACUGGCGUGAUGCCAUACUGGAAUUGGGCAGAGGAUGCCGAUGCUCCUCAGAACAGCAGUCUAUUUUCUGGAGACGCCUUCAGCCUUGGAAGCAACGGAAAAUUCGUUCCCGGCCGAGCAAACACCUGGUUGGCUCAACAAGACAUUGUCUACCCUCCAGGUACCGGCGGCGGCUGCGUACAGACCGGUCCUUUCCAUGACUACACUGUCAAUCUUGGUCCUCUUGCUUCACCCAACACCCAGAAUGUUGCCUCAAACUACCAGCACAACCCUCGCUGUCUGUCACGCGACAUUAACCCUUUCUUCUCCAAGCUGUACAACACAUACCAAAACGUUACUGAGUUGCUCCUGAACUCCAUCUACAUGGAGGAUUUCCAAGAUCUGUCGCAGGGCUACAAAAGCGCAACGAACAAGUUUGGUGUGCAUGGAGGCGGUCAUUGGCAGAUUGGCGGCUCCAUGGGAGAUUUCUUCUCUUCGCCUUCAGACCCAAUCUUCUACUUGCACCACGCACAGGUUGACAAGAUCUGGACGAUUUGGCAGAAUCUUGACAUUUACAACAGACAGAACAUCAUCAGAGGUACYGCCACGCUGGGAUGCGCUGCGCCAGACUGCCCAGAGAUGCAGCUCACUGAUAAGAUUCCAUUUGGUUUUGUUGCUGAAGAUCAGACUUUUGGAGAUCUCAUGGACACCUUUGCGGGACCUUUUUGCUAUCGUUAUGAGUAG